GUUCUGUCUACCGAUUUCUUGGUCCUCACCACUGAAAUUGAAUAUUACAUUAAUUAAACAAAUUAGUCUUAAACUUUCACUGUAUUUAUAGCUUGACCUGCAGAAACAUCAAAUUAAGCCUACACAACACUGGUUUGAAGAUCAAAGUUAGUUGACAACAAAAAUGGAGGUUCUCAUGUCCAACUGGUCCAAUGUUGUUCAAUCUUUGCCAGAAAAAUAUAUCUUCCCACCCGAAAAAAGGCCCGGAAAGGAUGUUUUCCCAGUCGUAAACGAUGUCCCCGUUAUCGAUCUUGAAAGGGCGAAAGGCCACGGCCGAGGAGACAUAAUUCACCAGAUUCUCGAUGCAUGCCAAGAAUUUGGAUUCUUUCAGGUGAUCAACCAUGGGGUUCCUGUAAGCCUAAUGGACGAUACCAUGAACGUCUUGAAGGAGUUUUUUGGUUCGUCAGCUGAGUAUAAGUCAAGCUUUUAUUCUACGGAUAUUAAUAGUAAGUGCAGAAUCUACUCCAGUACCAUGAGUUAUGACAAUGAAGAGGUUCACUACUGGAGGGAUAAUUUUACCCACCACUGUCACCCGCUGGAAGACCAACUACUCGAGCUCUGGCCGGAUAAGCCGAUCAGAUAUCGGGAAGUUGUUGGUGCGUAUUCAGUUGAAGUGAGGAAGCUGUUGUUAAGGAUUUUGGAUCUUAUUAGUGAGGGGUUGGGACUUAAACUCGGAUAUUUUGAUGGUGAACUAAGUAAAAUCCAAUUGUUGUCAGUCAAUCAUCAUAUUCCAUGUCCUAAUCCGAGUUUGACGCUGGGAAUGCCCGAACAUUGUGAUCCUAAUCUCAUAAGCAUGCUUCAUCAAUGUUCUGUCCCAGGACUCCAAGUCUUUCACCAGGGGCAAUGGAUGAACCUCGACCCAAUGCCUAAUGCAUUUGUUGUCAUUCCCGGACUCCAACUCAAGGUGAUAAGUAAUGAAAAAUUUACUAGCCCAAUUCAUCGAGUGAUGACACAUCCAAAAGAGGGUCGGACCACCAUGGGGACAUUCUUGAUCCCUUCUCACGACACACUCAUCCUCCCACCCAAUCAUGCACCCCUCUUCAGAGGUUUCACCUACCAAGAGUUUUUCACUACAUUCACAAAGAACAGCUGUGAUGCUGACUUUGCACUUGAAUAUUUCAAGAACAAACCCUAAUAAUUAAUGUGCACCGAGACCAACAUUUUGAUGCUUAGUUUCAUGUCCGAGGACUAUAAUUCUGUUGCUGUCUUUAACCAUGUAAAUCUCUUGUCUGUGUAUAGAGUUUGAAGUUGCUUUAUUGAUGUAUUUGGCCUGCAAUGUAUAAAGUUUUCAGUGGUGCAUUAUUGAGGAGUUAUUUAUCUCAAAUUCACGGGUAGCGUUAAAUUUUGUUGGCUCAAUCGAUAAGAAUAAAGAUAGGUUACUUUCAA